AUGAUACAUCCUGCGACAGGAAAAUCUCCGUCUAUGCUAGUCUUUGGAAGGCAGAUUCGCUCGCGUUUAGAUCUCAUGAUACCCUCAGACGAUCCAAAGGGGAAUGAGAUUCAAAGGAAAAUCAGAGAACUUCAGGUAAAUUCGCGUGUUUCAGCUAGGGAAUACGUUAACGCGAACAAGUGGGAAUUCGGAAGAAUUAUGCAACGUUUAGGAAAGCUACAUUACUUAGUUGAGUUGGACGACGGUCGUCAAUGGAAACGUCACAUAGAUCAGUUACGCAGCGUUGGUUCAGGGGUACAGAGCUCUUCAACGAACGAAUUUUUUGAUCGCGGUGAAAAUGUUGAUGAUAAUGUCGCAAUAACAACCCAUGCUAGUAAAAAUGACCUUUCUGACAUUCCUGAUCUUGAUAAUAACGUUGCUCAUCCUGGACAAUUUAGUAGUUCUGCAGCUGAACCAGUGACCGAUCCGGGUGAACAUACUGAGUCCAAGCGACUGGUGUUUCCUGCAGGUGCUUCAGCGGGCGAAGGAUUGCGACGUUCGGUGAGGACUAUCAAACCACCACAGCGACUGGAUCUCUAG